AUGGCGAGUCCGGCCAGUGCUGCUCAGGUGGGUUCCUAUUUCGUUCGGCAGUAUCACCAGAUGUUUCAUCAGCAAAGGGAUAUUGUGCAUCAGUUUUACACUGAUGACAGCUCCAUGAGUAGAAUUGACGGGGAUUCAAGUGAAUCGUUUUCGGGAAGGGUGCAAAUUCAUCAAGUAAUCAUGUCGCUAAAUUUCACUUCAAUAGAGAUCAAGACAAUAAAUUCUCUUAAAUCAUUGAAUGGAGGUGUUCUUGUGGUGGUUUCUGGUUCUGUGAAGUCAAGGGAUUUUGAUGGGUGGAGAAAAUUUGUGCAGACGUUUUUCCUUGCUCCCCAGGAGAGCGGUUUUUUUGUUCUGAAUGAUAUCUUUCACUUUGCUGACGAGAAAGUUCCUCUUCAACCUCCACCUACAGCAGUGGAGGAACAGAAAAAUGACUACCAACCAAAUAUUUCUGCUCAUCUUCCUGAGACACCAGUCUCUGACUAUACCUUAGAGGAGGAGGCCAGAGAGUACGUGAACUCUGUUGGUAUUGAAGGAGAUGAGCCGGUUGAAGGGUAUAGUUUUCAGGAGCAUCAACAGAAGCAUGAUCCUGAGGCUGAAAGAGUAGACGAGGAAUCUGCUUUUGAAGAAUCAAGUGUGUUGAUUCAAGAAGCCGUGCAAGAACCCGUGCCUACUGUAGAGGAACCUGUUGAAGAGCUUCCGAAGUUGACUUAUGCUUCCAUAUUGCGGGCUCCUAAAGGAAAACUUGCACCAUCAGUCAGUUCUCAGCCAUCUUUCACUUACAGCACUCAACCUGCUUCAAAUUGGUACCAAGCAUCACACCCUUCAGUUCAGCAGUCAAACCCUGUGGUGUCAGGUGUACCAGAUUCUGGUUGGGAUUUGGUAGAUAAUGGUUUAUCACAAGAGGAAGGGGAAUCAAGAUCUGUCUAUGUGAAGAAUCUGCCUUCUAGUGUUACUAGUCUAGAUAUUCUCCAAGAGUUUAAGAACUUCGGGAAAAUCAAGCAUGAUGGAGUCUUCUUAAAAAAUCGCCAGGAUACUGGUGUUUGCUACGCAUUUGUUGAGUUUGAAGAUGUGCAGAGUGCUCGGAAUGCUAUCAAGGCAUCUCCUGUUCAGUUGGCUGGAAGGCUAGUUUACAUUGAGGAGAGAAGACCAAAUAACAGCAGUGCUUCUCGUGGAGGGAGAAGCGGAAGGGGAAGAGGCAGAGGCAGAGGAGGUCGUUUUGGUACAAGGACUUUUGCAGGGACAACAUAG